AAUGAGCCGUAGACUCUGUUUUAGUUAAUAUUUCGUCAUAAAGUCGUGAGUUUAAAGCAGUACUUAUGGGAGCUUUGUGUUGGUUGCCUGUCAGGUGUUUUUUUCGAUUUACGUUGUGAAGAGACUGUCAGAGAUUUGAUUUUCAUGGUCUUAUUGGGCUCCACUGUCGCAUACGGAUUAGUAUUGUGAGAACAUCACACCACAUCAAAUAACAACUUUGAAGAGCGUGUGAACGUCCCACCUUUUUGACAGGGCAGUGGGCUGGAACAGCCCAGGCAUGAGUGGCGCACACCUGGAUGAAUGGCAAAGGAGGUCCUUUGACAUUUCGUCUGGCAACUGUACACCUGAACAGACGGCCGAUGCUUACCGGGCCCACAUCCUCUCCAUUCAGUAUGCAUGGGCAAGUUCCCACCUCUCAGAUGCCGCCAUGAGCAGCCUGUUCAGGACCUAUUCAGAGCGCUAUGCUGCAGUGCUGGACUCUGAUGACCCCCGCACAGGGCUUAACAACUAUGCGGAGAGCGCGCUGCAUCUGGCUCGUAAUCAGAAGAACCACAGUAGCAAAUGGGAGUCGUCCCUCACCAUGGAGAGCGUGCUGGAGUUGCCCUGCGUGCAGAAGAUGAUUCAAGCAGGGGGAGGGGGAGAAAGCUCCCGAGUGGCCAUAGCAGAUGUUGGCAUAUCUGUUGGACAAGAGAGCAGCAGCGGGACCAGUUCCUUGCCUGCUUCUUCUUUUGCUGCAGGCAGGUCAGAGGGCACCUCCCGCAGACUAAUUUGGCCACCACAGCCUAAAGUCGAGGUUAAUAAUACAGCCAGUGUUGCUGUGCAUAGGCCAGAACCAUAUGAGGGAAUAUCGGAUAAUUUCUACUCAUCUUCCCAUCCAAGUUCCAAAGGUCAGCCUUUGUUUAGGCAUCCAUCCUCAGGUCCUCAGAGCAAUACGGGCCCUGCAGGCAGCAGCUAUCAACCCUGCUUUUUCCCUAACUCCAAUCCACCUAAGCGGAAGAAUUUUUACAACACUGAUGCGGCUGAUAAUGGCAGGGGGGCACAAGCAGCGGCUGACCAAAGACCUGGAAGUACCUUCAAAUCUGCCCGUGAGCAGCUAGUUGUGAAUCAACAUAGGAAAAAUUCCCAUCAACCACAAAGAGGAGCGACUUCCACCAUGGCAGCAGCCGUGAAGAAAUCUCUGGGCGCUCAGAGACCCCGAGGGGCUUUUUCUAAAUUUGUGUCACCUAUGCCGCGGCAGGAAGAGGAUGAUGGUGGAGCGAGAGCCAACUCAAACCAGGAACCUCAGAUUUUGGAUGAACGUCUUAAAAACUUUGAGCCAAAGAUAGUGGAGUUGAUCAUGAGUGAGAUUAUGGACCACGGGCCUCCUGUGGUGUGGGAGGACAUAGCAGGCCUGGAGUUUGCGAAGACCACCAUAAAGGAGAUAGUUGUUUGGCCCAUGUUGCGACCUGACAUCUUUACAGGCCUCAGGGGUCCACCUAAGGGUAUCCUGUUGUUUGGACCCCCGGGGACCGGGAAGACGUUGAUCGGCAAAUGCAUCGCUUGCCAGUCAGGUGCCACCUUCUUCAGCAUCAGUGCGUCGUCGCUCACAUCCAAGUGGGUGGGUGAGGGGGAAAAAAUGGUGCGAGCGCUGUUCGCCAUCGCCCGCUGUCACCAGCCUGCUGUGAUUUUCAUUGACGAGAUUGACUCGCUGUUGUCCCAGCGCACAGAUGGGGAGCAUGACUCAUCACGCAGGAUCAAGACGGAGUUUCUGGUUCAGCUGGAUGGUGCCGCCACAGCCGCAGAGGACCGCAUCCUGGUGGUGGGGGCAACCAACCGACCCCAAGAGAUAGAUGAGGCAGCCCGCCGACGCCUGGCAAAGAGGCUGUACAUCCCCCUUCCCGAAUGCUCCGCCCGGCAGCAGAUAGUCACCAACCUCAUGGCUCGAGAGAAGAAUUGUCUGAGAACGGAGGAGCUGGAAAGCAUUGUGUCAGCCACAGAGGGCUUCUCUGGGGCUGACAUGACUCAGCUGUGUCGGGAGGCGGCCCUGGGGCCCAUUCGCAACAUUCAGCUAGAUGACAUAGCGACCAUCACAGCAGACCAGGUCAGGCCAAUCCUCUAUGCUGACUUCCAAGAUGCUCUGAAGACUGUGCGGCCAAGUGUGUCGUCAAAGGACUUGGAGCUUUACAAGGACUGGAAUAAGACAUUUGGAUGUGGUCGGUGAUGGCUUUAUGAAGAAACACUGUUACAUUUUCUUUCUGUGGUACUUCAAACUAAUAUUGUUGAGUUCAAGUGUUUCUGGAAUGAAAUCAAAUGUUUCCAGCCGAGACAUGUGAAUUGAUUGGUUUCUUUUAUCUGGUGAGCCAAUUGUUCAGCAAGUUUAUCUGCAGUGUGUCAAGGGAUACAUGCCAAGUAACAUGCUCCACAAGCUGUGUUAAUCAUGUCCACGGAAAUUGGGUAACUGAGUAUCCUAAAAACCGGCCUAUUGCAUUCCUCUCUUCCUGUUCUUGAUGAAGACAGCAGUGGACAAAACAGGAAAACCAGUUACUGCAACACAUCCUCGUGAGCAAAUGUUCCAGAGUGUCUCCAGCGGAACUGUUAAAUGGGGAAGUUAGUUGGAUUUUUUUUAGAUAAUUAAAUAACAGGGUGAAACUAUGCUUUUAUUGCCUGCUAAAAUAAUGAAAGAGAAUGGCAUACCAAAAAGGUGCCAUAUAAGACCUUUUUUGUUAGUUUUUUUCUGGGGCCGAGCCAGGCUGUAUUAGCGUAUGUCCACUAUGAAAUAAGCUGGCAUAGUGAUAGCAUGUUGUGUUAGCCUACAUCUCUCCUUUUUAACCAACAUGUAAUCAGCACGGGAACAGUAAAUUCUCAGGAUGUAUUAUUAAAUCAGUUGUCCUUCCCUCAUUUACCAGAUUUGACAACAAAUGAGUCAGCAGCAGGCCCCGUCUAACCAUCACAUUACCCUUCCCUCUCCCAGUGAAGAAGAUAACGGCUGGCAAUCGUAAGAAAGUGAUGAUGACCACAGUUUGAUGAAGGGGUUGGAGCUUAGAGCCACACUGGCCACACGCAUGCCACUCGGGAAGGGGACAAUUAUCGAGUGCACACACAUGAAAUGAAAUUGUCAUGCAAUAUUAAUGAAAUGAUCUUUGCAAAUCUGGAAGACCAUGAAAAAAGACUUUCAUUUAUUUUUCAUCUUUUUGUCAAGUCCCUCAUAAAUAUUUCAGACUUGUAUGGCUGGCCGCUGUGUUUAAACUUUGUUGGUUUAGCCAGCAGCCAAAGUGGUCACACAACCCCCCAGUGGGCAUCGCUGGGACUCCACACAGCUGGACUGGGACAGAUGCACAGAAUUCCUCUGGCACCACCCGGGAUCCACUGAGUAUGGACUCCAAAUGUGACAUAUGGUGUUAGCUUGUUUCUUAAUUUCUGCUGUGACCGUGCAGCAGUCACAAGCAUAAACAUACCAAUAAGACACAACACAAGAUUAUAUUUGAAUAUUACAAGAAUCUUGUUUCAGCAACUAUUUGUAUAAUAGUAACAAAAAUAGCACACACACAUAUAAACAUGAUAAUUAUUACAUUGAUCCCUUGUUUACUGCAGUCAAUGAGUUCUUGACCCAAUGAGUGAAUUUCCAUGAAGUGGAAAUCGUUGUUUAUAAAUCGAGCAUAGAAAACCUGUUUACUACCUUCUAAAUGGGGGUUUUAACAUUACUAGAGCCCUGAUCAAUUCUGGUGCUUGUGUCUCUCAUCAAAUAUUAACAGUAUUAUACUCUGAAUGUGUCUGAAUGCCAUAUUUGUGUUUUGGUUUAUCUAGCCAUUUUUUAUGCUUGGAAAUGUUUAAUUUUGGGGGAAAUACGUUAAAUUUGCUUAUAUUUCCUACUAAAAGGCCGUAUUCAACCACAAAACAUCUUAUUAAUAUAUAAAUAUGGAUAUAUUUAGUAUAUUAAUAAUGUAUGUAAUGUUAAUACAUAAAAAAACACAACAUAGUGAAGCCAUGAAAUUCAAAGUGUGAAGUGACUGCUAUUCAUUGGCUGGGAACAAUACCAGGAGUAGAAUUUACUGCAUUGCAAGCAAAUUCAACCGUUUUCAUCCCAUCGGUCACAUUAUACGGUAUGUUGUUAUUCCCUAAUUCUAACAAUAUUAAGAUAAUAGCUAACUAGUCACAUACUCAGUGGUUCCCAACCACUGUGCCACGGUACAUCAUCUGUGCCAUGGGAAAUUGUUCAAUUUCACCUAAUUGGUGAGAAAAUUCACAUUUAUUGACUGCAAAUACUUUGUCAUUGUUCAUCCAUGUAACUAUGCCAGCGACAGAACAAUAAAACGGUCCUCCACUAGAUGGCAGAAAGUACAUAACUAACCACUUGUUGCAAGUCAUACAACACAAUACGUCCUGGCAAGGUAGGAGAUAGAUAUGUGCCUUGUGGUGUAAAAUAUGUAGCCUGCAAGGUACUAACUCAUUAAAGGCAAGAGUUACACAAUGGACUUUUUGGCCAAAUGCUUUGUGACCCUCAAAGACAACCGU